AUGUUCAGCCUUCUCAAGUUCGAGUAAUUUCCAAAAUUCUUCGUAUCAGAAAAGGCAGAAUAACUAUUAUCAUAGGAAACAAAGAAAUCAGGAGCAAAAUAAUAAAUGGUUUAAUCGAGGAGCUGCUGGAACAACUACUGUAUUUGCAUUAUCCUGGAUGACAACUAUUAAAGAUGUUUUAGGAAUUGAGAAAGUGCAAUUAGAUGCUGAUCCAUUGAAGGAAAAAGUGAAACAGGUAAUUUUUUUGAAGAAAAAGGAUAUCAUUUAAUUCCAUCUGUUUUUUUAGUCAUGGCUUUAUCGAAAACAUCGUCAAUAUAAUGAUGCAAUUCAAGUUCUCCAAAUUGCUCUCGAAGAAGCUGAAGAAAGAAAAGAAGAAUUGCCAAUAACUCGAGUUUAUGAUGAAUUAGCCAAUACAUAUUACGAGAAAAAUGAUUUGGAUGAAGCUGAUAAAUAUUUUCGAAUAGUUAUUCAUCGUUUAGUCGAAUUGCAUGCGAAAAAAGAUUAUGAUCCAGAAUUCAUUGGAGUUUCUUUGAAAUUGGCUGAUAUUCUUUCGCAUAAAGGAGAAUUGGAUAAUGCUGAAAGUGGCUAUAAACAUUGUGUGAGAAGACAAAUGAAAGUUAUGGAAGAACAUAUGAAAAAGUUCAGUGUUGCUCAUGGAGCACUUAUUGAAGAUCGGCAUACUGUUGAUACAUAUGGACAUGUGUUCACUGAUCCAAUUGCAUUGUUUGGAAUGACAUUAGAAGCAUACGCUAAUUUUCUGGUGAGAUUUCUAAAAUUUAGCCUGAAAAAUUUGAUUACUGUAAGGCUUUCUUCUAAAAAAUGUUUUUCUGUAAAUAUUUUUGGAGCCCGUCAUUUUUAAAAAGAAAUAAAAAUGAAAAUAGCGAAUCUUUCCUUAUAAAAUAUGUUCCAGAUAAAUUUCCGCGAUGAAAGUCGACUUGCAGAAGCUGAAGAAUAUAUGGACGAAGUAAUGAAGGUAAUUAAUCGAUCAAUUCUUAAUUCUAAGAAAUUCUAACAUAUCUUGUAGAUAUCAUAUCAGAUAUACGGACCAAGUUCAGCGCAUACAAUCAAUAUUCUGAACAAUUUCGGAGCUUCUUUGAUUCUCAAAAAUCGUUUUGCAUUGGCUAAAAAAUAUUUGGCUGUUGGAAUUGAUCGGAUAUUAUAUGUGAAUGAAUGUGCACAUAUGUUACCUGGAUAUUAUUGUAAUUAUGCUGAAGCACUUUUUCAUACUGGAAAUAAGGUAUCUUCUUUGAAUUUGUUAAUAAUUUCGGAUAAUUCACGGGCAAAAUGAAAUGGCUCCGCAGCGGGUCCGCUGCGGGCCCACAAAAUGAUUGAGCCGCGGCGGGCCCAUAAUGUGCGCUCUGAUUUUUUCGGUGGCUGGUGGGUGGCUCUAUUGUGGCUUUCUAGUGGCUCUGUAAAUUUUUGUAAAAUUUUUCACAAGUUUCGAGAAAAAAAUUUAUUUAGACUAAAAAAAUCAUUUAGUCCAUCGUCGAUUGUCCAAAAUCGAUUGUUCGAAGAUGAAGUCGGCAAUUUUUGGUGUUGGUGGGUGAUGUCUGAAAAAAGUUAGUUUGAUAAUUAUAGUUUUGUUCAUUUCUAUGAUUUUCUUUCUUUCCAAGUCUGAAUAAUAUUCUGAAACUUCUGGUCGAUUUCGUAAUACAGUUUCAAAUGUCUUGUGAAAAGUAAAAUAUCGACAAGCAAUGGUGAUUCAAUUACCCAAAGACUUCAAGUUUUCUAUCAUUCAUUUCAAUAAAUUUCCCAUUCAAUUUCGAUGUUAUAAAACACGUAUGGAUGCUAGAGUCGGAAAAAAACACGUAUGGAUGCUAGAGUCACUUAGUCAAAGUUUCACCAAAGUUUUAUCAACAUUUCGGCCAAUUUUGGGUUGAAAACUGGCUGAGCAUUCUCCACCAAGACAUAUGUAUUUUUUGAGAGAGAAACAUGUAAUUCUCUCAGCUCUUCACAAACUUUUCAUUUUGAUAUUGAAUCUUUACUAAAUUUGACAUGUGUAAAACAUAAGCAGAUGCUUCUUGCAAUACACACACAGGCAUAAAUUCUUGACUUUUUUAAUUCAGAAAUGCCUGUCGCAGAAAAAAAAAAUUCUCGCGUGAUUCGGGAGGCGGGAUUUAUUUUGCAAGGUGCGGCACGUUUUUUUUCAAGCAAUAAUUAUUUCUGAUUUUUUGCAUUUCGAAAUUUAGUGAAGAAAAAAAGAUGAAAUCGAAAAAAUUAUUUAAAAAACGUGAAACGUGUAAUCGUGGCAGGGGGCGGAGCCGACAGGAAAAAAGUAAGAAAUUUAUGCCUGUGACACAUGGUCAGACUUGAAGUUCACAAAAUCAUAGAAUGUCGAGUUUGAAAUUUACUCGCUCAAAAACAAAAAACUACUCACCAACAGUCCAUUUCAUCCGACCGAUCCACUCACUAUCGUUUUUCUCGCUCCUAUAAUUGCACUGUUUGUGAAGGGACCCUGAAAAAUCGAAUUUCUUUGUUUUUCCUAUUUUCAUGAUUUUUCUUACUUUUUUCGAAAUUCUCCAAAUUCUUCGUGAUGCAGGUGACUUGUUGCCCAUGGUAAACCUGUAAAAUCAUGUGAAAUCAUGUAAAACUUGGAAGAAACAAGAAAAAAGCGUAAAAAUAGGACAAAUAGGAAAAACGAAAAAUAAAAAUAAGUGCGCGUCAAAUAAAAUGUUUGUGUGUGUGUGUUUGCACACAUUUCGCGCGCUACAGUAACAAAUGCAUUUUUUUCUAGUUUUUCAAGCAUAAAAAGAAUAUUUCCCAAGUAAAGUCGGUUUUAAAGAAAUUUAUGAUUGAAGCAAAGGCACGAGUCACUGAAUUUUCAAAUUUCGCUGCUGAAAAUCAUAAAUUAAAGAGUUUUUUCCCCAGAAUUCCGAAAAAACAGAAAGGACUCCAAAAAGCCAUCAUAUCUCGGCGGAAAACAGUUUUCUGUAUAAACCGAGUACUGAAAAAUGUUCACCGUUGUUAAUUUACUAGAAAUCUCUCGUUCAUAAAAAAAAUUCCAAGAUUUCACAUUUUUCGAAAAAGUUAAAAUUUGAAAUGUGGAUGGAAGUUCCAUCAUGGAACCACGAGAAAACAUUAGAGAAAUUUUUCGAACUUUUUAACAAGAAUUAUUAAUUUAAUGGAUUUGUAGUGAAUUGUGUAAGAUGAUUGUUACCCGAUGUUCAAGUCUCAAACAAAAAAUAAAUUGAGAUUUUUCGAAGUUCGAAGCACUAAUGCUCGGCUAACCAGUCAUUUCAUGUUUUGACUUUUUGGAUGAUUAUUCAUAUCGGGUUAAAAUAAAGUUAAUCAUUGAAUCCAUAAAACAUAGAUGUUCAAAGUAUUGUGUUUUCUACAUGUUUGCAGACAAAAAUGAAAUGGCUCCGCAGCGCCUCUUCGGCGGCUCUGCUGCGGGUCAGAUCACUGAAAAAAAACAUUUUGAUUUUUUUUCAAUUUUGAAGUCGAAAUAUAUGUUGUCGACCCUCCUGAACAACCUCCCAUGCUAAAAUUUGUUUAAACUAUUUGAAACAAUGAUGAUUAGUUUGAAAAAAUCAUUGCGUCACCAACACCCGCCGACGCCCCACCGGUGGAGCCACCAACCAACCACCAUAGCGAUAUGUGGCUCAGAUGUGGCCCCACAAUGGCCCCGCUGCGGGGCCAUUUGAGAGAUGGGCCCGCAGCGGACCCGCUGCGGAGCCAUUUCAUUUUGCCCGUGUUAGCAUUUUUCAGGAGGAGGCUCUUGAAUAUGCGAGAAAAGCUGUUCAAAUGAGUCGAAGUGGAGAUGAACGAGUUCGGAAAUUCACCCAACAAUUUUUACGUGAUCUUGAGAAGGAUGCUAAUAAGGGAAAACCAAAAACAUGGUGGAUUUUUUAG